AGCUUCCCAACGCCCCAUGGCUAGAGGGGCCUUUGCUGGCAGCAGCCAAGAUGCUGGCAAGGAGCUUGGCUUGGAAGGGGGGCUGCUCUGCCAGUUGAUCCGCUCCCCGGAUUACAACCUGUUCCCCAACUCGGCUGUUUUUGAGAGCAACUUCGUCCAGGUCACAAAGAAGGGGAAAUGGGUGGACAUCACCAAUACCCCCACCAUCGUGACUCUGGGAGUUACCUCCUCGGACCCCUGCCUCCCACUCCCCAACGUGCUCCUGAUGGCCAAGCACCGGGCCCCUCUUCGGAGGGUCAACACUGGCAGUCCCAGGCUGUCGCUCAUGGAUCUGACCAGGCUGCUUCCCCUCCGGUACGUCCGGCUCUCUGUCCAUAACGCUGACCAGCGCAUCUUGCGCAUCCAGACAGUGACCAAGAAGGUGUAUUACCUGCAGCUGCACCAGGAGCACCCCCGGGCCGUCUUUGCCCUCUGGAGCCGCCUGACUCACAUCCUGCAGAAGGGCCUCUCCAUCACAACCAAGGACCCGGCCAUCCGCAUCCGGCACAGCCUGGUCUCCAGUCGCAGCAGCAGUGCCUCCAGCACCACCUUGUCAGUGGAGCGCUCAGAGAUGGUGCUGAAGAGCCCAGGGGUGAUGAAGAGAGUUGGGAGGAAGGUGUCGGGCGUCAUCUCCCAGAUCUCCCGGCGACCCCAGCGGAACCUGGAGAGGCCACGGAGAGUCUCCUUCCAGGAGCAGAGCCUGGAAGACAUUUCGGAUCUCUCCAACAACAUUAAAGUUCUCUUCUACGACAUGCCUCCGCCGCUGGUGUGCGCGCGAUGCAAGGGGCGGCUGCCCAGGGCCGAGCCCCGAAGAAUCCGCGGGGACGUCCGGCACGCCGACUCGGAUCUGGAGCUCGCGCCCUGGACGGACCGGAGGAACCACGGCCUCUGGCAGCAGGAAACGCCCUCCUGGCUGCAGCCCCUCUGCCGGCUCAGCAGCCUGGCCGCCGCGGGCUGGAAGUAGGGCGGGCCGGGCCGGGACCCCGGAGGGGCGGGCGGGCCUGCCCGGAGACGCAGAAACCCAGACGGGCAGAGGAGCGACUGGCGGAGCCAAAGCAGAGAAAUAAAGCUACCGGCUGGACCCGAGCCCGGGC